CCAGUGCUGCGCAACCCUGAAUAAGAUAAACAGUUGUUGAGAAUGGUUUUGCGUUUCGGCCAGUGUCAUGUUUGAGUUUCCUUUGUCUGAAUUUCUGUUUAAGAAAGGGACAGGUGGUGAGAAAGAAAGUCGAAAUCUAACAAAAAGCCAGAUCUUACAAUCCUUCUACUCAUGUGCACAGAGGAAACUAAACCGGUAUUGCAUCAAGAUUCUGGUGAUUAGAGCAUGUGGGUCUGUGUAUGGGUGUGACCUAAAGUUGCAUUCUCAACAGGAAACAUGCUCUCUCUCGAACCUAGUCAGAGACCAAUCCGGAGGAAAGGUGGACAUAUCUUGAAGAUUCUGUCCUUUAGGUUUCUGCACAGCAAACAUGAUGUGGAAGAAAAAACUAAAGGAAGCAGCUGUAGGUUUUGCACUAGGAGCAGUAGGAGGCUUCAUCAUGGGUGUCACAGAAGACCCUGUCGACAGGACCUUGUCUGCGAUGACUUCAGCGAGUCAACUGAAGCCACUGAUUGACAAUAUCAGGACUGUGGGUGCUCUCGGACUAGGGACUCUCAUGGGAGCUUCUGCACUGACCAUCGCCAUGACCUCAGUUGUAGCUGGUGUCAUAAUGGCAGCAGUUGUAGCAUCGGUAUUCGUCACAACAAGGAGUUGUGGGACAAUUCAGACAAACUAUGCUAACUUGUGGGCUUCUGCGGGACUUGCCGGUGCUCUUGGAACCACACUCAGUGGAGCCACACUUGGUUUUUUUAUUGAAACAAUUGUGAAUAAUUCUGGCAUGUUUGGUCUUUUGUCUGCACUGUCCAUUUUCAGCAUCCUCAAACCACCGCUGCGCUUUGUAUUUAACGUCCUCUGGAAACAAGGAGAGGCCUGUUGCACUCAAGGAUCUAUAGUUUGGGACAAAGAAAGGAAAGAAUUUGAGAUUUCAGAUUUAGAGCAGAGAGAAAGAGUGGCUGUGCAAAUAGAAGAGAGGAUCCUGACAAUAAAUAAUGGACGGAACACAAGUGGGACAAAAGACAUGAUGACAUGGGCCACUGAGCGGAAGCUGAGAGAAAAACUAGAGAGGAAGAAGACGGAGGUUGAAGAAGCACAGAUCAAACAACAGACCCUUCAAGACUGGAUCAAAACUGUGAUGGUCAAAUAUGUGGACUUCUUGGCUUUCUCAGGGAUUCCAAUGACUGUGGUUGCCGUUGUAUCAUCACUUUUUGGGUUGUUUGGAUAUGGACGGCACCAUUAUGCGUUCAUUGCACUUAUAGCUUUAGUAGCAGUCAUUGGCUAUUUAAUUCUGAAGUCAUCAGAUUUAAAGUUCUGGAUGUUGAUAGGAUGCAUGGGAAUGCUUGCAACAUUUGUUAUUGCCAUGCUCACAGUACAAGCUGGAGACGAGGUCAAUAAAGUUGCCAUGAAUCUGAGAGCAGAACAGCAGAAUGUAAACGCUAAAAGCAUCAACGAUCGCAUGAUUGACCAUUGCUCUCGAGAAGCUUUGAAAACCGCAAUUAUUGCAGCAAAACUUUGCCAGCUCUGCUUGGGAGCCACUGUUGGGGGGCCCCUGGUAAGGCAUGGAGGAGAAGGGGGCAAGGUAAUUUUAGGGGCUGCCAUAGUGGCCUUAGGUUUACUAGCUGGAGUGGAGGUUUUAUCUCCAGUAUUGGGAAACGGGGGGAAAGCCGGAGCACUGCUGGGGGUGGUGGGUACUUCUGGGGUGUCUGUGGGUGCAGUGGCAGCCAUGACAGGACAGUGUUCUUCAUGGCCACGGACUUUGGGAGCCAUAGCAGGUCUGAUUAUUGGCACAUUAGCCACAGAUAAACUCCAUAUUGUCAUGAUAGGAAUACAAGUUAUUGUUGCCUACAUCUUUGCUAUGAAUAAUGCUUUUUAAAACAUAAGAUGCAAAUUCCCUUCUGUGCAAAGUGAGUGAGAUGUUCACUCAGUUUCUAAUUCCUGAUGUUAUUAAACACACCUCUCAGAUUCCAACAUCAUAUUUCUUGUUAGUGAUGAAGUGAAAUUAUUGGUAGCGGUAAUAAUAAGCUACAAAAUGUUAAUCAUUAUUUUUGAAAACUUUAAUUACAGAUAAGGAACAUUUAUACCAUUGUGGAAUCAUCUACAAUUAUUUUCUUUUAUGUUUUAACACCAACAGUAGCAUCAGAAAUGUUAUGUUUUGUGUGUCAAAAAUAAUGGAAAAAUUCAAGUUUUUAUUUUUAUUUUAUUUUAAAACCAAUAAUAAAAGUUAUGAGUCCUGGUUUGAUUAUCGUUAACAUAGAUUUAGCAAGAUAUUACUACAAACAGUGUCUGGAUCAGUGUUUCUAAUAUAACUGGAUUAUAUCUUCCCUGCUUCUUUACUUACUGUAUAUCUGUACAAGUGAAUGCAAAGCAAACAAAGAUUUUCUUAUUAUCAGUUGUGUUGGAUCAUCAUUUCAAUAAUGCAGCUACCCAGCCUAUUUUUGGGAGGCUGAACCCGUUGAAAGCCUCCGGUGACUGGAAUAUAUCAUUGUGGAGCUUUCCGCAAUGUGCAAGAGGUCCUCUCUGCCCCCUAGUUCACGGGCCAUCCGAAGGAGUAGGGCUCAUUCAUGGCAUUAGUUUCCUCCUAUAAACAUCAAGCAUGAAGAGACACUUCACCAUUUAAACAUUUUGUGGUCAACAAUUGAAUGCUUAGAUUUAUGUGUCAAGAGUCUUUGCCGACUUUCAUUAAACCUAAGGCCAACAUUAAAAGUUGAUCAAAAACAUCCCCUCUGAUCAAGUCAGUGGACAGAUUUGGGACAGACGUCCGUAACUUCACAUGCAAGACAAAUAGUGGGCCCCGCUGUUGUACAGAAGCUUUGCUUGGCAUCAGCUGGCCCAUACUUGGAUACUGUGAAAAAAAAAAAACAAAAGCAAAAAAAAACGUGAAAUCAAGGUUUAUUAGUCAAUAUUCGAUGGUAGUCUGUGGGACUUCUACCAACUCAUGUUAAUGUGCAUUGCCAGAAUUAGAUCACAAUGACAUAUUGUGAAGACUCCCACUGAAAGAACAUGAUGGCAAAAAAGUAAACAAUAACAGUAUGAUGUAUUAUCUUCCCAUCAUGGUGGCCACUUAGGAACUUUACUAAGCCGGGUUGCUACAGUGCGCUGUUGAAUUUAGUUUUUUGUACAAAAUCUGUUCCCACGGUGGACGACUGGUUGAUACAUCUACCUCACAGUUGCGAGUAUUGGAGUUCAAAUCUUUAUCCUGCCUGCGUGGGUCUUCUCCAGGCAAUCUGGUUUCCUCCCAAUUUUAAAAAACAUGCAAAGUGGGUUAAUUGAAGACUCUAAGUGCAAAUGGUAUUUUGUUAAAGAUACCUGGGAUGGGUUCCAGCACUCCCGCCACCCUUGUGGGGAUAAGCAGCACAAAAAAUAGAUAGUUAGAGGAAUCUGUUCCCACCAGGUUGGGCCAAGCAGGGAGCUGCUUUAUUCAUCAAUCUGUUUUCUGAGCUGCCAAUCCUCACUAGGUUUGUGUUUGUGCUGACGCCUAUUCCAGCUGACUUUGGGCAGGAGGUGGGGUAGACCGUGAACUGGUCACCAGCCAAUCACAGAGCACGAACUACUGAACGUAGAAGAAAAGAGCCAUUCACACCAACAGACAAAUGAGUCUUCAGUUGACCUACCAUACAUGAUUAUAGAAUCUGGGAGGUAACUGGAGUCUCUGGUGAAAACCCAAACAAGUUUAGGGAGAAGAAACUCCACAGAGGAGUGGCUAGAUUUAAACCAAGGUCCUCAGAAAUGUGAGGCAGACCCUAUACAGUAACUAGUCGCCCACUAUGCCGUCAAGACGAACAUUAUUUUUUAAAUACAAGAAUAAGUACUUAAAUUGAGUUGGAAUAUUUUUAUCCAUUCUUCCAUCCAUUUUCUGAGCCACUUAUUCCCCCCAUUGUCAUGGGAGUUCUGGUGCCUAUCCCUGCUAUCUUCGGAU